AUGGUAACACAACGGCUUUAUGCCCGUUAUAUAAACGCAAAAGCAUUAAAAUUUAUGUUACGGGAAAAAGGAACGGUUAAAAGCUUUAGCAAAAAAAGUAACGGCCGGGACCAUUGUUUCGUUUUGGUUGGAAAAGGAAAGGGGUUAAAAGGAUUGGAAAAAUCGCGGGGUAAAAAAAAGCGCGGCAUUAAUCGUAAGCGUUUAAUAAAGUACGGAGCGAAAGCACGUGCUUUUAACCCCAUUAUUUUAAAUAGCAAUAAGCGGUAA